ACACGGACAGCCACCUUAACAGGGUUUCUUCUUGAACCGGGGGUGACCAUGACCUGCUGUGAAGGAUGGACAGCCUGCAAUGGAUUCAGCCUCCUGGUUCUACUUCUGUUAGGAGUAACUCUCAACGCAAUACCUUUAAUUAUCAACUUAGUGGAGGAAGACCAAGUUUUUAACAACCCCAUCUCCUGCUUUGAAUGGUGGUUGCCUGGAAUUAUUGGAGCAGGUCUGAUGGCCAUUCCAGCAACGACAAUGUCCUUGGCAGCGAGGAAGAGAGCAUGCUGCAACAACAAAACCGGGAUGUUUCUUUCAUCACUUCUGAAUGUGAUCACAGUCAUUGGAGCUGCGUACUGCCUGACGGUGUCCCUCCAGGCUCUUGCUGAGGGCCCUCUCAUUUGUAACUCUCAAAGCAACAGAACUUCCAGUUGUGAAUUUUCAUUUAAAAACUUAACUGACUUCUAUCCUGAAUCCUUUGACCUGCAGUGGUUCUUCGAGGACUCUUGUGUUGCUCCUAUGGAUUCCAAUAAUCCCUCCAUCAACAACGCAACAGCCAGUAACUGGAGAACAUACAGCUUGCACGUCAAUUCUAUAGAAAACAGACAUAGGAUCAUCCAUUUCUCAGUAUUUUUAGGUCUACUGCUUGUGGGCAUUCUUGAGACCCUGUUUGGGCUCAGUCAGAUGGUCAUCGGCUUCCUUGGCUGUCUGUGUGGUGGAGUCUCUAAGCGAAGAAGCCAAAUUGUGUAGUUUAAUAACAAUAAAGUGGAAAUACUAGUUUGAAUCAUUUGUAAACGACAUUGAAAAGACACUCUUUAAGAAGGUCGAUAAUGGAAAAUUAUCUAGAAAGCUGUGGACUAGUCACUUUAGUCCAAAGGUCAUUUUUAAAAGUCACCCUUGGUAAUUAAAAACCAAAUCAACCUUUCACAUUUAAGCAUGUUGGUAAAUGCACAUUUUCAUACGGAAA